AUGACUAACUUGGAGGCCACCGCCGUCUUGGGACAUGACGCAGCCUGUGGGCCCACUGCAGUCUGGAAACCCACCGCACCCUUGGAAUACACCAAAUUCUCAGGACCCAGUUCAGUCUGGGUACCCACCGCCGCCUUCGAAUCCACUGCAGCCUUCGAACCCAUCGGAGAACUCAGAUGCGAUCACAACAGCUCCGCCGACGACAUUAGAGCGCCGCAGGCUCAGAACCGGCGGCGGUUUCAAAUCAAGCGGCAGGUCCAGAGGCGGGCCCAAAGGGAGGUCCAAAGGCUUAGGUGGAUGAGCAAUAUCUUGCCGAGAAGGAUCUCCCCGCCAAGAGUCUUCCUGAGAAGAGACCCAUUAGGACAGCCUCAACAAACAGACCUGCCGAACGUAUCCGCAAGGCCUUUGACAUCCACGGGGCUACUUCCUCCUCCAGAAUCGAAUCCCCCUUCUCGCGAGUAUAUCUGGGGGUGGAUUGACCGCCGAGAUCAAGGGCUAAGUUACGAGGAUCUGCCUACUUGGUUGAGGGACGCAAGCCAGGAGCUAAGUCUGAAAGGCGCAUUCGAUGCCAUGACUGAGCUUGCAGGAAAAAUCCCAGGUGACACUAGCGCCCACUUUGAGUUACUCGCUAAACCAGUAGUGGACGACUUCCACCACCAGAACGCACCCACGCCUCAAGAGAGCGAUUCCAGUAUGAUGGUGAGCCAGUUCGCCGCAACGCAGACUCGUCCAUAUUACGCAGCUCUUUUCGCUACCAAGCAAGGCCGGCAUUAUGGUACAUCUUGGCACUGGUGGGCAAUUGCUUCCGUUCGUGAGGCUGGUCCAUUGGAUACGACGGCAUCCGACCCUGGCAAGCCACAACAUCUCUUUGUGUAUGAUUCGAGGCCUUUGCAACUAGACCUUGAAGGGCUUAGGACUACGCGAGGCUUGCGCGAUUUUCUUCGAAAUGAUCAAUAUCGAAUGCUGAAGAGAUUGAACCAGGCAGUUCCCAUCAAAUAUCUUUUUCUCAAUCAGGCGCGACUGCGGAUGCCGGACCUGAGCAAUCGCCUUCAAGAGACCUUGUGGUGGAUCUUCAAUGUGGUCAGCCGUGGUGAUAUGCCAAUUGAGAUCGGAUCAGAGCUAAGCGAUCUUCGGUGGAAGGCAGUCGACGCGAUCACCCUGGAGUUUGAACACGAUGAACAAGAUACGGGAGCAAAUGCAGAGCGGAAGUUGAUCUUGAGAUCGAUUGCAAGAGCGGUUGAGCGUUGA